AACGGCCCCGUGCAGCUCCGGUUUCCCCGUGAACUGCCGCCAUGUUUUCGUGAGCCAGUAUGACAGCAGAGAGUCCGCAGAAGGAGACUGGUAUAGACUGCUUUUAGUUAGCAGAUUUUUGCAGCGGAAAAUCAUUUUUAUCUGUCAACGAUACUCUGGACGGAAGUCAGUUUUAGGAUUUAUUUGUCAUCGGCAAGGUUUUCCAGAAAGGUCAAGUCUUGGAUGUUACUGUAGUAAUAUUUGAUUUUUCUAUGGCGUAGGACACCUUUUCCUUACGUACCUUUUAUUUCAGAAUGGGAGGGAGUCCUCCCACGUAAAUAUAAAUGCAUUUUUCGCUUCUUUUGUGAAAGGUUUCUGCUACCAUGAGAGAUAAACGAAUUAGAUGCGUGUUUAAAGGCGAACACAUUUCCAUAUUCGUUUAAUUGCAGCGAUAUUAAACGAAUAUACUCCGACAAGAGGAGUAACUAAAUCGACACAAGUCAUUUUUGUACGGUGAGCUGGUUUAUUUUAACUUAUCAGUGGUGUCAAAAAGGAGGGAAACUUUUUUGCGACGUUUGAAAAGAAGAGCCCAAAAUGACGGGCAAUAUCCCUUCUGAUAUGAUAAAUCUGCGGCUCAUCUUGGUGAGUGGAAAGACAAAAGAGUUUCUGUUCUCUCCCAAUGAUUCAGCUGCAGACAUCGCCAAGCAUGUGUAUGACAACUGGCCCAUGGACUGGGAAGAGGAGCAGGUGAGCAGUCCCAGUAUCCUACGGCUCAUUUACCAGGGACGAUUUCUGCAUGGCAACGUCACGCUAGGGGCUUUAAAACUGCCCCUUGGAAAAACCACAGUGAUGCAUUUAGUUGCUAGAGAGACAUUGCCUGAGCCAAAUUCCCAAGGUCAGAGAAACCGGGAGAAAACUGGAGAGAGUAACUGCUGUGUGAUUCUGUAGACCUCUCCCUUUCCAUCAUUGAGCGUGUUCUGUAGUCCCAUAUGCUGCUGAAACACACACACACACACACACACACACACACACAGACAGAAAAACAACAAACAAACACAGAAGGACAUCAUCCUGAACUCUAAUCUACAAUUCAUGGGCUCUUAGUCUCUGGGACAAAUAUUCAUCAUGAUAUUGCGAAAGCCUGUCCUGUAUAGACUGCAGUAGAUGAUCACAAUCCCUGUCUUUAUAUCACUUUUCUCUCUCUCACGUUCGUUCGUUCGUUCUCUCUCUCUCUCUCUCUCUCUCUCUCUCUCUCUCUCUCUCUCUCUCUCUCUCUCACACACACACACACACACACACACACCCAUACCCCUAGUUCAAGUGAACCAAGAGUGAGAAAGGGCUGUGAAAUAUGACACAAUCUCUGAUGAACUUUUCACUUUUACUGAUAAACCAGAUAUGGACAGAGCAUUUUUAAUUUAGUUUCUAGAGCUAUCUGUAUCCAAUAGGGAGGUGAAGAAGCUCUCAAUCGGUUAGCGUGUAAUAGGCACAGUUUACAUAGUAGUGGUUUAACCACUACUCAACUACAGUGGCAAUCAUUUAACCACAUUUGAUCAACAUCUGUAGUCUAUUGUUUUCAGCACAGCAGACCAAGUAUUAUUGUACCUGAUCAAUGUUAAUGACUGUGUUUUUUUCCCUCAUUCUCUCUCUUCAUGAACGCUGUGUCUUUCGAAGUGCACAUGUUAUGGGUAAAUGUCCUAAUUCUGAGAGUUCAAUUUCUUAGGAUCACAGAUCAAGCAAACAUAGUAGACUUGAUUCUGUCACUAACUGGGCAAUGCUAUUGGUUGCUAUUGCAUGCUAACGUUUUCUGACUGUGUUUUUGACAGUCACUGCAGUCUGUAACUGACCAACCAGUGUUCUGUCCACCCUUAUUAGAUAGUUUUGAUUCCUCCUCAUAGAGGAGUGUGCAGAUCAAUUGUCCUUUGUUUUCUAAAGGUGAAGCAGGCAGAUUAUAUGUAUAAAUAGCAUUGAGAGAUCAUAAUAAAAUGGUUGUCCAUAAAUGAAAGUCAUUCAUUGACAUAUCAUAGCUGCUGUUGUUUCUGAAGCCUUUGUUUUCAAAGUCUUACUUGCCCUUCGCAAUGUUGUUGGUUGGAUAGACAAUAGUGUAAAUCAGGGACAGGCACAGUUGAAAAGUUUAGUGGCGUUAGCAACUGUGACAGGGGAGCAAAACACCAGAGCACGUUACUUCUGUAGGGUUGGUUAUUUCAUCUUGGCAAAGCUGAUGAUGAAGUUUGUCAAAAACAAAACAUAUGAUCAGAGCCAAGUGUGGAUAACAUAUUUGCUUUUACAUUAAUAAUACCGUGGAAAAUACAGGAUACUGAUUGGACACGGAACUCUGCUGAACACGAAGCCUAGUUAAAUUACUAAUGUAAGAGAGCUUAGAUUAAGAUUUCAGGUUUCAAAAGUCUGUGUAGCAUAGCAUCAUACACAUAGCAUCAAUCACUUUUUAAACAGUGUCAGUUCUAGUAUGACGAGGUCUUAUAGGAAUGAGGCUGUGUUCAGGAAACGAGGCAUGUUAACACGGUGCACCUGAUGUCUCAGGUGAAAAUAUUUAGAGGCUUAACUUGUUUGCUCAGUUUAAUAAUUCAUUCCUCUAGUUUAAUAAUUAUGCUGUCAAUUUAUAUUAAGUAAAAUAAUCUCUUGAUUUCAUAAUUAAUUUUCAAAUUGGUACACCAAAAUAAUGCAUUUGACUGAGAUAAGUUUUAUGAGACUUAGAAUGUAUAGAUAGCAUUAAAUAGUUAGACAAACUAAUAAUGCAUUAUAUGUAUUCUGCCUUCUGUUCCAGCCUAUUUUGCAAAUAUUCACACUGAAUCAUAGACUUUGCUAGACAACAGCUUAGCCAGUAUGUCACUAUUAAGAUAGCCAGUAGUUCACUUUUAAGUACUUGCACUGACGAGUACUCAUUUUCUACCUAUCUUCGUAGUAACAUUAUUUGGAGAGGAGUUGAAUAUGUUACUUUAAUGAAAAAUAGUCACAAGCUAAAAGCUAAAUUCGAAGCAUUCCUGCACACACAGAAAAGCCAUAGCCAUGCUAUAGUGUUAGCUGAUGAGAUUUGCUAUGUUAAGUGUCCCAGACCCUUGCAAUUGAGAUUUUAUGAAGUGGAUGACAUGCACCAAAUCAUCAACGAGGGAGGCACCCAUGAACUCAAUUAAACAUUCUGUACUUAUAUUAAUGUACAAGCCUGUUGGUGCAUUUUGUUAAUGUGAUGGGUUUGUCCAGCACACAUUUGUUGGAAAAAUACACUUUUUGGAAUCUAGUGGUCAUAGUGUCCAAGUCAAGUCACUGGUAUUUCUGAUUUUGUAAAGUCUCAUAUCAAAAUGUUAAACUGAUUUGAAGUAAUUCACUCAUCUGGAGUUGUCAUCUCUGCAAGCCUAGACAUGGAUUUGGGUACUUUACAUUGUUAGUAAGUUUGCAGGGCAAUUAGUAAACUCUAAAACUGGAAAUUUAUUACAUCCCCAAAUUGCAGCUACCAGUUGUUUGUGUCCAGGUGGUCACCGGUAACUGGUGAACUUAUGUGAGCAUAGGUAUUUUCGACUACCAAGCUAUAUGUCAGUUACAUUUAAGUUUCUAAAGUUUAGGAAAAUUUGGAGGUCAGGACCCAUAAAAUGAAUGUCAGAAAUUUACUAAAUAUAUAUUUACAGUAUUUACGUAUAAAGACAGAUUUCUCAAGUUCGUUGUCUAUUUUCUAAGAAAGAAAGGAUUAAUGAAUGAAAGUACAUGAAAUAAACUUUUUAUCAUGCCAUAAGUUGCAAUUGAUUUUAAUAGACUAUUUAGACUGGUACUAGUAUAUGAUUUUGGAAGAGAAGUUAUGCACAAAUGAAAAAAAAAAAUUUAUAUAUAUAUAUAUAUAUAUAUGAAUCUGUAAAUGAAGGAAUGAUUUAUUAGAGCAAAAGAUUUAGGCCUAUAUCUAAAUAAUUUCUGUCUACCUUGAGACUUAAGGGACACUGAAGAUGAUUGGAAUACAUUUGCACAACAAAACGCAUGUGUUAUUUUGUAUGAUUUGUUCUCCCCUUUUGUCAAAUUGGAAUCAAACCUUAAGCUUAGAUUUGUGUAGCAUAUAUUUAAUAUAAAUCAUAUUGAGAAUAUGACAGUCCAUUAUUGAUAUAGCUAUACCAGUGUCUAUAGUGUAUGAUUGUCUAAACAGUUAGCUAUCUUAUUUGCAGUCACACAAGUCAUCUGCUGACAUCUUGAACAUAAAGCAGCAAAACACCUUAACAGUAACAUUAUUGUUUUGUGAUUUCUUCUGUAUUUUUAUUUUUUAAAUGUUUAAAACAAGAUUUAUUUUUUCCCUUUUACACUUCUUAAAACAGCAAUGCCAUCAUUUUACUUCUUAUUUUGAUCAGGGUUCUGCAAAUCUGUACAGUGCUGGUUUUCAGAAGUUGUUGUAAAUACGAACCUAAUCUUAUCUCCAUCCAAUCUACGAAAUGGAAAUACAUCUAUAAACUGAAUAAAGAAUAUUGAAAUGGCA